AUGGCUCUCGGAAUGCUUCUGGAAGCCUUCCAGGGGAUAGUCACAGCAAUGGGUUUUCUGGCGACCAGGGAUACCGCUGAAUGGUUCGGCCCGCGUGCUAGCAUGCGGCCCACCGGGAGGAGCCCAGUGGGGCAAUUUGAACAGACACGGCGACAAUCCAUUGGAGGAGCAGGCGAGCCUAGUGCAAAUCGCGAGGACCAGGAUAUCCCCGGACUGAGCGCGGUGAAAGCCGAACCGUGCACCAGUGGGACCGUCGUAGCCAGCCCCCGAUGCCGAGAUGCGAGCCACGAACUGGCUGAGGGUCUUGGGAGAGGAAAUGAGGCGGGCAAUGAUUGCCAUCAAAUCAGCGCGGAAAUUCUUUGUUCCCGGUGGCGCGCUCGGCGAGGUGAGGAUUGCGAUGGACAGGAUCGCCGCGGUGAUGAUGCUUGGGACGGCGUAGUGGUUGUGGACACUGCUGUCUCAGGCCGUGAGCAGCAUGGCGGAUGGAAUCGAUAUUCGGCAGCCCACAAUUGCACGCCGGGCCCCUGAUACCUGCGCACUACCCAGGUCUCGUGCGGCGGAGUGGUUAAUAGGCGCAGUGCAGCAGGGGACGACGCGUGUGACGGGCGUGUGGCGGCGACGGGCGGGUGACAGUUGACAGACCGCUGUGGAGGUUGCACACCCCUAUUCGGGCCCUUUUCGUGCCCUGGCAGAUAUGCGUCUGCGCCGGAGCUCGUCCAUUCAUCUGAUACAUG